GUUCUCGUCUGUUAUCGCAUUCCUUUGUUGUGAUUAUUCAGAAGUAAAUAUUGUUGCGAUAUCCUUCGAAAUCUGAAAAAUCCAUGCUCAACCUUCUUUAGUUGAGGAAAGAGCGCCUGCUCAUCUAGGCUAUUCUCUCAUCCCUCAAUGCCAUCCGUCGCCGACCAGCAACGAGUCGAAGAUGGCUGAGCCCAUGGAUGUGGACGUGGGGAGUCCCAGGGGUACGAAAAGAAAGGCUAUCGAUGAGAUUAUCACUGCGCCGAGGCGGAUCAAGGCCCUUGAUCCCGAUGUCGUCAACAAGAUCGCUGCUGGCGAGAUAAUUGUUGCGCCUGUGCAUGCUCUCAAAGAACUCAUUGAAAAUUCCGUUGAUGCCGGCUCGACAUCCCUUGAAGUAGUGGUCAAAGAGGGAGGUUUGAAGCUGCUUCAAAUUACGGACAAUGGUCAUGGUAUCGAUAAAGAGGAUCUCCCCAUCCUAUGUGAACGUUUCACAACGUCCAAGCUCAAAGCCUUCGAAGAUCUGACAUCCAUUGGUACCUAUGGAUUCCGUGGUGAAGCAUUGGCGAGCAUCAGCCAUAUCGCCCAUCUCACCGUGACCACGAAAACGAAGGACUCAAACGUUGCUUUCAAAGCUCAUUAUGACAGUGGACGUCUUAUACCAGCUAAACCUGGCCAAAGUGCAGAUCCUAAGCCUACUGCAGGGCGUCAAGGCACCCAAAUCACUGUCGAAGAUCUUUUCUACAAUGUCCCCACCCGCCGUCGAGCUUUCAGGUCAGCAUCUGAGGAGUACAACAAGAUCCUCGAUGUUGUGGGUAGGUACGCUGUUCAUUGUGACGGCGUAGCUUUUAGCUGCAAGAAAUCAGGCGAAAGCUCAACCACGAUUGCAACCCAAUCAAAAUCUUCGACCGUGGAUCGAAUCCGUCAGAUUUAUUCAAGUGCAGUAGCAAACGAACUGAUUGAGUUCACAUCUUCUGAUGAAAAAUACGGAUACAGAGCCCGAGGAUGGACUACCAAUGCCAACUACCACGUCAAGAAAACCACUCUCCUCCUAUUCAUCAAUCAUCGAUCAGUCGAUUCUACGAACAUUCGAAAAGCCAUCGAGCAGAUAUAUUCGACUUUUCUACCAAAAGGGGGCCAUCCUUUCAUCUACCUCAGCCUCGAGAUUGAACCUAGCCGUGUAGAUGUUAACGUUCAUCCCACGAAAAGAGAGGUCAAUUUCCUCAACGAGGAUGAAAUCAUCGAGAAGAUUUGCGGCGAUAUCAGAACGAAGCUCGCCCAUGUGGAUACAAGCCGGACUUUCAUGACACAGACUCUUCUUCCAGGAGCACGAGCACCAGACGAAGCCUCUGUUGGAGAUGCGCACAAUUCUGUACCAGCUGGUACGCAGAAGCCAAAGCCUUACGAGAAUAAUCUCGUCCGUACCGAUGCCAAACUGCGCAAAAUCACAAGCAUGUUACCCAGUGCUGAAGGAGGGUUCUCAGAAUCACCAGCACCGAAUGAGUCCCGUACCGAUGGAAUGGAAUACGAAUACUCCGACCGUGAGCCAGUCACCUGCCGACUUAUGACCGUGAAAGAGCUCCGCCAAGAAGUUCGCGACGACAUGCAUAACGAAUUGACCGAGAUCUUCGCCACUCACACUUUCAUCGGUAUCGUUGAUGAGCGGCGCCGCCUUGCAGCCAUCCAAGGAGGCGUAAAGCUCUUUCUCGUAGACUACGGCAUGGUCUGCAAUGAAUACUUCUAUCAACUUGGCCUUACCGACUUCGGGAACUUCGGCUCCAUCCGCUUUGAUCCUCCCUUGGAUCUCAAAGAACUCCUCCGCGUGGCUGCCGAGCACGAGAAAUCAACCGAUCCUCCAACAUGCGAGGAAGAUGAUUUUGCAAUCGAAGAAGUCAUAGAGCUGGUCUCAGCCCAGCUCAUUGAACGUCGAGAAAUGCUCCUCGAAUACUUCUCCUUCGAAGUCUCAGAAGAAGGGGAGCUGCUUAGCAUUCCUCUCCUCUUGAAAGGCUACACACCAAGUCUCGCCAGACUCCCUCGUUUCCUGCUCCGUCUAGGGCCUCAUGUGAACUGGAUGGACGAAAAAGAGUGUUUUGCCACUUUUCUGCGAGAAUUAGCAUCCUACUACGUCCCUGAACAACUUCCGCCCACGUCGGGGCCAGAAGAUCCCGAAGAGGGACUUAGUGAGGAUCUCAAAGUUAGACGACAGCAAAUUAAUAAAGCUGUUGAAGAUGUUUUGUUCCCGGCCUUUCGAGCGAGGCUCAUUGCUACGAAACCUUUGAUGAAAGGCGCCAUUGUGGAAAUCGCGAAUCUGAAAGGCUUGUACCGGGUGUUUGAGCGGUGCUAGGUUAUGGCUCUGUAUAUUUGCUGGGAUGGUUGUAUUGCACGGGCAGUAUCUGUGAAAUACGGGCAGGAGGGUUGAAUUAGCUUUGCAUUGCUGGGACGCUGGCCAUAUCCGGCGUCAAUGGGUUGCAUCUACAACUGGCAAUUUGCUCACUAUAUAAGAUAAUAUCAAGGAAAGCUUUAUCAAAAGUAGGAAUUUCAUCCAUAUUUCAU